AUGAUGCCUGCUCAGUUCACCUCUGGAAGGCGCCAGUUCAGUCUCUACAACCUCUUUACCAUCCUGGCCGUUUCCUUCGGGUCUGCUUCCUAUGGCUGGGCUUCGUCCGCCAUUGCCCCUGUCCUCGCCCUGCCUGAGUUUUCGGAAUAUUUUGAGCUCACGACCAGGCCCAACGGCUUGUCUCUGCAGGCCACAAUUAAUGGACUCUUCCAGACGGGAGGCCUUUUAGGCGUCUUUAUCGUUAGCUGGUUCGCCGAUAAGUACGGCCGUCGCGUCGCCAUUGCUGUCCCUGCUAUCAUCCUCGUGGUCACAGCUGCGUUGUUGGCGGGCGCAACAAACGUUGGCGAGUUCAUCGUCUGGCGCUUCUUUGCCGGUGCCGGGACUUUUAUGAUCCUAGCUGCUGUUCCUACUUACAUGACUGAGGCCGUGCCGCCUCGCAAUCGCGGUAUGCUUGUUGACAUCCACGGUGCAGCACUACUGUUUGGCUAUAUGAGUGUCAUAUGGGCCGGCUAUGGUGUCUUCUUCUGGAAGAAUCCAAACAACUGGAGAGUCAUAUUUGCUCUACAGGCAGUGUUCCCUCUUGCUGUCCUUUGCAUGCUUCCAUUCCUUCCCGAGUCUCCACGAUGGCUGAUCAGCCAGAGUCGCUACGAUGAGGCUCGGACCACCUUGGAUCGUCUUCACACACCGGAAGAGGCCAAAAUGGAGUUUGACCAGAUCACUUCGCAGCUCAGAAUCGACAGCCAGCUGCCGAAAAGCUACGUCUCCAUGUUCACCAAAAAAUCGUACCGCAAACGCUCGCUUCUCUCCAUCGGUACUACGUGUGCCAUUCAGUGCUCGGGAAUCUUGGUCCUCAACAAUUAUCAACCCACUCUAUAUGCCACGCUCGGUUACAACGUCGAGAAGCAGUUACUGCUCGAAGGUGGGUGGAUUACGCUUGCCUGGGGUUCUGGCGUGCUGGGCUGCUUCAUCAUCGAUCGAAUGCCUCGCCCCAAGCUCAUCGCCGGAGCCCUGGCCGGCUGCAUGGUAUGCCUUAUCAUUAUUGCCGCUCUGAUUGCCAACUUCGUGCCCAGUGACAACAGUGCUGCCCUCAACGCCAUUGUCGCAUUUCUGUUCAUCUACGUCAUUUUCUAUGAGGGGGGGCUAGACGGCACUCAGUUUGCUUAUAUCGGCGAGAUCUUCCCAACUCACUUGCGCCCCAAGGGCAUGAACUUGGGUGUCGCGGGUAUUUGCUUGAUGAAUAUCAUUUGGCUUCAGUCGGCGCCGGCCGGUAUUGCUAAUGCGUCGUGGAAGUAUUUCCUGGCCUAUAUUAUUCCAGGCUGCUUGGCUGCCAUUGGUAUCUGGCUUUUCUUUCCCGACACUUGGGGCAUGCCUCUCGAAGAAAUUGCCAUGAUUUUUGGAGAUGCGGACGAGGUGACCGAAGGUCGAGAAGAUGCUUCUGCCUCGGAUAACUUGGAAGAGAAACACCGGACGGGGCAUGUAGAGCAGACACGGGGCGAAACCAUAGUAUAA